AUGGACUCUAACAUCGAGGCGAGCAGACAACUUCAUAAAAAGUUCGGAGAGCUGUGCGGAAGAGCACGCGGCGACGCUGUCCAGAAAAAGGAUCCGAAGACGUUUUUGCCGCCGGUGUGCGGCGGAUCGGCGCGCAUUCGGAGCGUGAACGUCGCCACACACCUCACCGGCACCGCCAUCGUUUACACGUACAAAGUGACGUGGAUUGAGGAGAAGGAGAAGGAAAAGGAAGACAAUCAGAAGAAUAAGAAGAAAAGUGCGAAGCAGAAGGAGAUGUCGUCUGAGGAAGAGGAAUCGGUGCGGCCAAUUGUCAAAAAGGUCUCGUCGAUCAUGAAAAUUCCGGGCAGUGAGUGCCCCCUGAACAUCUAAAAAACUUUAUAAUCCCUUAGAAGUGCGUUGCGACGGUCCAUGCGGUCUCGUCGUCGACAUUCCGUCGACGAUCCAGUUCGGAUGCGACCAUAUUAUAUGCGAAAAGUGCCGGAAGACUGCUCAGAGCGCCGCGCUGUUCGACGGAUCGCCCGGAUGUUGCAACGCGAACUGCGUGAAGAACGCCAAGGAGGACGGGUGCAAAGUUUGCGCCGGACUCACCGACUCUUCGCAGUCCGUUUGCUCGGUAACGUUUUUGCAGUUUUUCGAAAACCCGACUCAUGGUCUCCAGAGCUGACAAUAUAGGCGUGGCGGCAUCGGCCAAAUGGCGUUUUCAUGAAUUGAGCACGUUUUCUCUGAUUUUUGUGGUCAAAGGCGAUGAAAAAUGAUUGUUCCACAUGAAAACACACUAAUUCUCAGAAUUAAUGACGUUUUGGCGCAUUUUUCGCGAAUUUCGCUUUUUCGCCAUCGCCGCCGAUCGCCGCCUAAAAACCGCACUUCUCAUUUUGCGCAUUCUUGACCGUUUUCAGACAGAAUUGGGUUUGAGAACAAUAAAUCACUUAAAUACAAGCAUUUUGAGCGCUCAAACCGCGAAAACUACCGAAAAGCAACUGAAAUUCAGGCAGUUUUAGCCAAAAACCUUCAAACGGAUAAAUAUGAUUUGCGACUUGACCAAAUUUAACGCUCUUGCGCUUAAAAAAUUCGUAAUAGCCUAUACAAUCGGUCUAUCGAGAGACUAAUGAGAAAUUAUCGAUUUUUCGUGGCUAAUCUGACAAAAAACACAAAUUUUGCUGUUAAAAUUUGAAUUUCGCGCCAAUGUAUCGCUCUAUUGGGCGGGGCGCACUUGCGCCCAUUGUAAGCUCUGGAGACCGUGCGACUGAAUAAGCCCAUGAAGACUCGAUUUUCAGCAGCCGUGCGCCGCCGAGUCGCUCUUCAUCCACGUGUGCAUUCUGAAGAACUGCGGCCGCGACGUUCUCCGCACCCAGCUCGACUUCGAACUCGCCUCCUCGUCGCGAGUCUCGGCGCUCUCCGCCGCACUCUCGCACUACAAGGAUCUGAUCUCCGACUCGCGCUUCUACUACAGUCUCGUCAAACCGAAGAGCCGCGCGGAGCUGGAGCCCAUCUCGUUGCACGACACGAAUCUCCGUUUCUACGAUAUCGCCAAGGGAACGUCGCCCGACAUUUACUUUAUCAUUUGCGGACAGGGCAUUCGUUUUCUUUGA